AGCCCCGCCCUCUUUUUUUAAUGUCACUGCUCGAUUGGCUAAACGUGCUGCCACCGACAUACUUCGACUGGUAAUGCGAAAUAACCUUUCGCGAAAUAAGCAGCGACGUUAAAGCAUGCUUCUCUGCUUUCCUGUACAAUACUUCAUCCGCUCCCAAGUCGUUGGGGUUUUACUUUGGGGUGUUUCAGUUGUCAUGGAUUGGUCGCGGACGGAAAGGAAUGUCAGUGCACGAGAUAUGAUUUAGCUGGGUCAAGCCAGAGCCUGGGAAUCCAAAAUGAGCAGUAAGCAGGGACGAAGCUGCAUCGACCCUCGAGUUCAAAGUAAUAUGGAAGGUGCUGUGGGCACCGUAGUCCCCGUGGGGCUCCCUAAAGCUGACAGCCUACCAAACUAUUCCCAUGACAAAGCUCUACCAAUCAGCAGGGCUUAUUUCCCUUACUCUCUUAGUGGACAAGACACUCUUGACUUUCCUUCUCCAUGGGGCCCUUCAAAAACCUGUGUGAGAAAUGGGCCGAGCCCAGGGAUUCAUUCAUCGGCCACCCAGGGGUCAAUUACAAUUCCAGCCGUUUACAGGCCUGAUAAAGCGUCUUUCCCUGUGGAUGCCGGUGGUGGCCGCUGUGCUGUACCGCAAGAGUUGGUUGCGAAGCAAAGAUUGGCCUAUUAUGCCAGCAGUCCCAGACAGCACAGUCCCAGAGCAGCUGGGGUCAUCUCACCAGUGGCAGUUCCCAAGGGUCACAUUGGAGGGUCAAAUGCAGAAAGCUGUGUUGGGCUGGCUAUUCCAAAACCAGUAUACGGUCAUAGCCCCUGCUGCACUGAGCGUGGAUGCACCGCAGGGCAUAACUAUGGCAUGGAACAUGGGCCUCAUAGGAUGUCCCCUCGCAUAUAUGAUGACGAAUGGGCUGCUCAUUUCAGCCGUCUUGCUUACCUGCAUAAAAAGGGCCAGGAGGCAUUGACGCAACAGAGGGUUUUGCAGUUUGAACAUGGUGUGGAGGCUAUAAAGGAUGGAAAGACAGAGGGCUUCCAUGGUAUUGGCUCAAAUGGGCCCAGGAGGUCCCAUGCUUUAAUGGAACCAAGCUAUACUUACAACACUGUGCGUCAUUUAUUGGUGCCACACCAGAGUACUGCCAGCGUGCCCCAAUUCGUCCACAGAUGCACACUGGUCUUCACUAUGCUUAUGACCCAAGGACUAUGGCACACCGUGGAGUUCCUUCAAAGGUAUAUCAGAACCAUCCUCACUUAUCUAAAUACACGUCGAUGCCUCCAUGCUCCAAUGUCUAUUACCCUCAGAGUCACCCUGAGGCUUACCGCACCGAUCCCAAUGUUAUUACAGGCGAGCACGGUCAACAUCAUCAUAUGGAUCAGUUAUAUUCCCCUCGAUCUGACCUGAUGUCACCAUCCUGCUCUGUUGCCUCCCCACACCAUCCGUUACUCUCAAAAUAUCCUACUUAUCAUCCUUAUGGGGUGCAUUUAAAUAGUAACCAAGCACCCAUGCAUGAGCAGCCACAUCCCCCUCUCCCAGUGCAUCAGUCAGAGCGACCACUUGAUUUUUCUAUACGAAGGGUUCAGACACCCGACUCCCCUCGGGAGCUUUAUAGACAGUCUGGAACUUCUGGGGCUUUCCAUCCUACUCCAGCCCACUACAGACGUCUCAGUAACACCACUACCCUUGAACACUCAGAGAUGUCUGAAACUGGGUUUCUUGUUGGCAGCUCCAAAGAAUUUCCCAUGAAGUCCUCUGAAGAGGUAUUUAAGAACAGGCAUCAUGUUUCAGAUCCACCUGACAAAGAUCUAUUAGCUAAAAGGCACAGAGAGAAACUUGAAAUGGACAUGGCCAGUAAAAAGCAAAAGAUUGACUCAACCCAUGAGUUGUCAGAUGAUGAGCCUCAGUCACCGUCCUCCCCACCAAUGCCAGUUAUUAAUAAAGUUUUUAGCUUGGCUCCAUAUAAAGUCUAUUUCGAAGCUACAGGCAUGUUGACUUCACUAGGAGAUUCAAAAAGUCCAAAGCCACAGCCAGAGGCAACACAGCUUAAACAAGAGCCAGAAAUUGAAAACUGUAAUCUAGAACCAAAUUCAGGUGAAGGUGACCUCAGGUUGAAACAAGAAGACCAAAUGUCUCCAGCUAACAGUGAUGGUCCAGUUGAAAUACCAGAUACUGUAAAGAUCAAAAAAGAAAAACUGGAUCCAGAUGACGUAGCUUAUCAGUCGGAAAUGAAAGUGAGCAUUACUGAGGAGAUGAAUCAUCAGGCACAUGAUUCUGUGGCCAAGGAAGAGCAAAGGGAGUCAGACACAAGUAUGUCUGGCUCUCUUCCUUGUCAUUUUGUAGUAAAAAAUGACUUUGAAGAAGAAAGCAAUCCACCCUUUGGAGAAAAGUUUAAAUCUUCAGCCACAUGCAAGACUGAGAAUGCUGUGAAAGAUGAUGUGGAGUCCAUUUCAUUUCCUACAUUGUCCUCAACACCUCCAGUGCCGCCUCAGUCGACUAAAUUUUCUCUCACUAAAAUUCCACCUCAUUGCCUUAAAUUGUCAAAUUUUAAGAUAAUCAUCCCUGCACUCCUAAAAGCUCCAACAGCAACACAACCUGUUGAGGUUCCUCAGUCUCCAGUGGAAGACAAGCCAAUUAUGAGCAGCAGCAAACAAGCCCGUCAUGAGUUUAUGGAGCUUCACCAGUCCCUCUGUAGACUCAUAUACUGCUGUGUUACUCAAACGCCAUGUCAGGAGCUCAGGGACUGGUUAUGCCAAUUGGACCUUCAAGAGUCAGGCAAAGCUCAGAAAGUGUCUUGUCUCUUGGGGUUGAAAAUGAGGGAAGUAUGGCUGAAAGGUGAGGAAAUGGAGGUGUCUCUUAAAAAGGUGGUCUGUCAGCUUCAAAAGUACGUCGAAAGCUGCGAAUGUCCCUUUCCUCAUGUCAUGAGGGCUGGUGCGGUGUUCAUUCCCAUGUUGGUGGUCAAAGAGGUGCUGUUUCCUCAGGUCCAAGGCACAUUCAUAGACCAGGUCCUGCAAGAGCAUCGGUUGGAGCUCAGGCCCACCACCCUCUCAGAGGAGAGGCAGCUGACUCAACUCCACAGAAAGGCUUUCUCUUCGAAACUCCGGAGACUUCUGUCCCUUAAACAUCUGCCAGAUAUAUACCCUGAUGUCCUCAACCUUCUCUACCAUGCCAACGUCUGCAAGUUCCUUGGAGCAGAAACCAGCUUAACCUUCAAGAGAGAGAGCACGGACAGCUCAGAUGAAUCGACCGGCCUUGUGAAUGGCUCUGAGGGAUUCUACCAGGAGUCCUCUAGACCGCUCACACCGGAAACCACAUGUGUGGACAAAUAUUGCCUGAAGACAAAGAAAAAGAAAGGGAGAGUAAAGAGUUCCUCCAAGAGGACAUUUUUAGAUGAGACCAGUUCAUCACAAGAGGAUGAGUUUACUGAGGAACCGGCGAGGUGGAGCGUCGUCAGUUCCUUAGAGAGAGAUGAAUGGGAAGUGUCUCUUGUGACUUGCAAUGAUAGGGGACCACAUGUGGAGGUAAAGAUUGAAGAUGGAACCCAGGAAGAGCCUGAGAACUCCUCCUGGGCACGACCUUUGACCUCUGAUGAACUCUCCUCCGAUAGCACUGAUGAAGAGACCGAAAGCACAUCAUCAAUGUCCUUUCAGAGUGGCAGAUCCAGCUCAGCAGGAUCUGCUCGAGCCUUGUCCAAAGGGCCUUCCAACAUGGUCCUCAAGCUGAGGAAGGUCUUCUUCAAUGGGGGUCACGGGGGCAAAAUCCCCCACUACCAGGUCACAGAUUCUUCCGAGGCUCCAGAAGAGUUCAGACACACAGACGGUAACCAUUACAGAAAAAAAAAACGCAAAUCAUCCCAGCACAAACGACGCCGUGCGGACAGGGAGUUUUCUUUCAGUUCGUACUCUCAAAACCAUCCCUACCUCUCCAAAAAACACGGUUCCAAGCACCGGAGCAGAUGGGUCCUGCGCUCUGCCGUGCAGUCUGCCCACCUGGCCAUGGAGAACAGAUAUCCUGAGCUGGUGGGGAAGAGGAUAUGGCACUUGUAUGAGGAAAAUGACAAAACAGAAGUGUGGUACAGAGGAGUGGUGCUGCGCAUCCAUGAGCCACAUACCAACCCACUGAAAACUGUGUUUGAGGUCAAGUAUGAUAGUGAGCCUGAGUGGCAAUACUAUCUUGAGCUGCUGGUAGACUACAAGAAAGGAUGGUUGAAAGUUGAGGACUAAGUCUUGACGGUAUUAUUGUUUUUAUUUUGCACCUGAGAACUGAAUUGAUUUUAUACUGUGAGUAUAUGUUGAAUUGCUGACCAAUGAAUCAGUCAAAUGAUUAUUGACUUAAUUUUUGCAACCAAAAACUUGACAUGUUUUUAAGUUACAUUGUAACUUUUCUUUGUGUUUCUGGUGUCAAUAAUGUUUCAGUUGUUGGCAAACAUUCCCAGCAGCUGCUGGUAACUGCGUUUAAGCAUUCCACGUGAUUGAGAUGAAUGGGAAUGCUGUAAAGCAAGAUUUGUAACUGUUUACAGAAUUAUUUUUUUAUAUCGGCUGUUGUCAUGUGUUAUGUAUCUGACUUUUAAACCUUUUAAAAAAUUAAAUCUAUUUGGCUUGUUCCAAUUCAUUAUAAAGUGCCUAAUUUUUUUUUAAAUUGACAUUUGAAAUUUCAUUGUGACAUUUUAAAGGGCUCUUUAGUGAAUGUUUACAUGGUACAUUUAUUGAAAAGUGUAUGGAAACAUUUCUACCUUAAGAGUUUAAAAAAGGUAAUUGCAACUUUAUACACUGCUAUUCAAAUGAGAGGGAUCAGUAAUAUUGUUUAAUGUUUUUGAAGAUAUGUUCACCAGUGCUGCAUUUAUCUGAUACAAAAAUACAAUAAAACAGUAAUAUUAUGAAAA